CAUGUAGGUUUGUGACAAUGGGUUUCGAGAGUGACGAGCGAUACCCUUUGUAUGUCGUCGUUGGUGAAUAGACGUCAUUCGGCUACGCCUGCCACGCGGUUGCAGUUGCCUUCCAAUCUUCCUACACCCCACCUUCUCUCACACCUCACAACAACAACUAUGCUUCGCGCUUUCCGCCGCUGAGAUGGGUUGACCACGCACGACCUUGAGGCUUCGACAUUAGCCUCCUCUAUCGAACUCUCACUUCGAACGACCUCACGGCCACAAUGAAGUCCUCCGACCCCAUCCGCCCCAGCAGCCGUCGCGGCGCAUCAGGCGCAUGGAACCGCCUCAAGCCCGUCCGCGAAGACGUGCUAGAAUCCUACGGACUGCCGAGUAAAGGGGAGACACGACUGAACGAUUUCCGCACACAGGAAACCUUUCUAAACCGCAUAACCGAGCGCUAUAUGAAGCUCUGCGCGCUCAACCGCUCAGACCUCGAAUCGAUCUUCGCGGCUGUAAAUCUCAACCCUACGUCUACAAGCCUGAGCACCAAUCUCUCGAGCUUGAGUCUCUCGAAACACGCGCCCCCCAAACCCGCACCGCUGUCUGGCGCAAACUCCCCCGCGCUGCUCGCAGCCUCCAAACUGUCCGCCCAAGAACUCAGCACGGUGUUGUCUGCGCUGCGGAAACUAAGGGAAGGCGUGACGGCGAGUGGACGCGCAGAUGCAUUCGCGCACCGAGCGUACUUCUUCACUAUCCACGUCUCGAUCCUGUGUAAAGACUGGGCGUCCUACUUGCCCGCUCUACAUACCCUGCUGUACAGCUUGCACCCGCGGAACCCCCUCACGAGCAGUCAAUUGCAAGAAUACGCGGGCUACCAGAUCCUCGACCAAGCGUGCCGACAAGGAGAUCUGGCGGGGGCGAGGGAAACGAAAGUCAGGUUCGCGUAUAAGGAUAGGAGGGUAGAGGGGAUAUUGGGAGCGCUGGUGAGUGACAACUGGGUUCAGUUCUGGAGGUGCAAGAGGGGGGUCGAUGGGUAUCAGCGGGCGCUGUGUGGGUUUGCGGAGCAGGGGGUUCGGGUGAAUGCGCUGAAAGUCAUUGGGAAGAGUUAUCUGGUGUGUGAUAGGCGGUGGGUGGAGGAUGCGACGGGGAAGGGGUGGGAGGGGUUGGUUGCUGAUGGAGUGGGGUGGGAGCUGGAGGAGGGGAGGAGGGUUGUUGUCAGGAGGGUGAAGGCGAAGGGGUGA